AUGUGCACCAACAUAGUUUACGAGUGGCUGAAAGCGCUGCAGCUCCCGCAGUACGCCGAGUCCUUCGUGGAUAACGGCUACGAUGACCUGGAGGUGUGCAAGCAGAUCGGGGACCCGGACCUGGACGCCAUCGGGGUGCGGGCGCCCGCGCACCGCCGCCGCAUCCUGGAGGCCGUGCGCCGGCUGCGUGAGCAGGACGCCGCCGCCGCCGGCCUCUAUUUCACGCUGGAGCCGCAGCCGCCGCCCGCGCCACCCGGGCCGUCCCCGCUCGCCGUCCCCACCCGCCGCCUGGGGGAGUCGUGCGGCGGCCCGAGCCAGGGCCCCCGCGGGGACCCCCGCGGCCAGACGACCGCCCCUCGCGGCAGGGAGCUGGUGAGCUACCCGAAACUGAAGCUGAAGAUCAUGAUCCGGGAUAAGCUCGUCCGCGACGGCAUCCACCUGAGCAAGCCCCCGUACUCCCGCAAGGUCCCAAUGGCUGGCAUCCUAGAGUUCUUAAUGAAUUGGCCGAAGUCAUCACAGAACCGCUAG